AUGGGAGACGAGCAUCUCCCAUCCCACCGCCAACUCUUCGCGGCCCUCAUCCCGCCAUCGCCUCUCCCGGCAGGAAGCGAGUUCGCCGCCGGCACCGCCGAUGCUGCUGCUGCUGCUGCUGUUUCCAAGGCCAUCACAGACCGGCCCUCGCCUUUUGCCGAACAACACUCCAACUGGCGACGGCAACUGCUGACGCUCCACGUCAUCUUCCCGAAUCUCCUUUUGCCGGCCUUGGACAUGCUGGACCGGGGGCUCGUCAGUCGUCUCGUUGUGGCGGAUGGGGAGGAGCAGAGGGCCUCUGAGGCAGCUACAGCAUCAGUGCUGUCUCAUGCCGUCGUUGAAGCCGAAAUUGGAUCUACGGAUGAACAAUCGACGAGCCGGAGUGCCAACAACGGGCAAGAACCGGGCGUCACAGGUCGGAUAUGCAUGUACACAGUCCAAUCUGCCGCCUCGCCAACGUCCAGACGCAGACGGCAUACGCCGCUGAGGGCCAAGACCUACGCGGUGCAUCUUGACGCAUGGAAUUGCUCCUGCGGAGGCUUCGCUCUCGAUGCGUACUCCCAUUACGAUGCAAAGAGCAAGGACGAGCAGCAACCUUGCCAGAGCUCUGCAUUGCCUUUACGGCCCGCCAGCUUGGAACUGGCUUCGCCCGAUGAUGACUUUCCAUGCUGUAAACAUCUUCUUGCCUGCUUACUGGCAGAGAAAUGGAAGACUACCACGGGCCAUGUUCGAGACAGAUACAUAACAAAGGAAGAGUUGGCUGCCAUAAUUGGAGGCCCUUAA